CAUGAAUUAAUUAUUUUAUUUGCAUUACGGUUUUUCAGAACAUAAACCUCAUUGUGUUAGAUAAAUAGUCACUGCGUUUUGAAAGGUGUCAGGAAAACAACAUGUGAGAAAAACUACAAUUAAAGUAUUGUAAAUGAAGCAAUGGCUUUACACUGAAUUGUUAUUAACUAAGACAUAUAUAAUAUUACUUCUAUAUGAAAAUAACAUAAGUAUUUCAAAAUGUCACAGAAUAUAAAUGACGAAGCGAAGCAAUUCAGGUGCGGAAUAUGUUCCAUUGAUUUUAUCGAAAGCCAGCAUUUAUUGAGUCACAUGAAAAUACAUACUGGAGAGAAGUCAUUUAUGUGUGAAACAUGUGGUGCUGCUUUUUCUCAAAAGUGCUACUUAAAAUACCACAUGCGAAAACACACAGGUGAGAAACCAUACAAGUGUGAGAUAUGUGCUGCGGCGUUUGCAGCAGGGACUAAUUUACAUAAACACAUGAGAAUACACACAGGAGAGAAGCCAUACAAGUGUGUGUUAUGUGGCGUUGCUUUUUCCCAAACUCAUCAUUUAAAAGGGCACAUGAGAAUACAUACCGGGGAGAAGCCGUACAAGUGUGAGACAUGCGAUGCAGCCUUUUCUUUUCAAAGUCAUUUAGUCGGACACAUGACUACACACACUGGAGAGAAGCCAUACAACUGUGAGAUAUGCGGCGCAGCUUUUACACGUAAAACUCAUGUAAAGAGACACAUGGCAUUACACACGGGAGAAAGGCCAUACAAAUGUGAGACAUGUGACGCCGCUUUUAUUCAUAAGUUUCUAUUAAAGGCACAUAUGAAAAUACACACUGGAGAUAUGCCAUACGAGUGUGAGAUAUGUGGUAAAGCUUUUAUUGGGAAAUAUAAGUUAAUGACACACUCAAGAAAACAUACUGGAGAGAGACCGUACAAAUGUGAGACAUGCGGUGUGGCUUUUACUCAUAAGUCUGUUUUAAAAGAACACAUGAGAACACAUACUGGAGAGAGACCGUACAAAUGUGAGACAUGCGGUGUGGCUUUUACUCAUAAGUCUGUUUUAAAAAUACACAUGAGAACACAUACUGGAGAGAGACCGUACAAAUGUGAGACAUGCGGUGUGGCUUUUACUCAUAAGUCUGUUUUAAAAGGACACAUGAGAACACAUACUGGGAAAAAGCCACAAGGUGUUAGAGAUGUGGAAAAGCCUUUAGCAUGAAAGAUGUGUUAGUGAAACACUUGAGAACGCACACGGGGGAAAGGCCGUACACGUGUAAAAUGUGUGGUAAGGUUUGUUAUGAACAUGAUCAUUUACGGGUUCACAUGAGGCUCCAUACAACAGUGAAGCCGUACAAGUCGGAGACAUGCGGUGACUAAUUUGUUAGGAAAAAAUGUUUCAAAGGGACACAUAAUUUAGUCAAUAGACACGGAAAACGAAGCAGAAGGGUGUUUUAGUGUUUAUUUAUGCAACUAAUUAUGAGCUGUUAAUGACAUUUAUCAUCGCAAACGGAAAUUCAAAUUGCAUUAUUUAUCUUUAUUAUUUUUUAAAUUAUUGAAAAUACAUUAUGAUUUUUUUUACUUUCUUUUAUUGUCUCUGAUAUCAUAAUUGUAAAAAAUACCAAAAUGUAAAAAAAAAUCGGGAUCGCAGAGACCGGGAUCGAACCGGUGUCGCCACAAUUGCAGCCGUGUUGUAUCCACUGUGCUACGAAGUCCUACCCUAAACAGGGGUGGGGCUUAUUUAUCAGUUCAUCUACGGUCUGACCGGGGUGAUAUUCGAUAGUUUACACCCAUUUCUUAUGUUUGCACGAAUGUGCGCGUUCAUGUUUUCAGUAUUUUAUUUUGUUUGAUUUAACUAAGUUUUAAAACAAGAUGAGCAUUGGUUUCUAGUUUCUUACUUUUGUAAAUAUAUAUAUGCUAUCCAAGAUGUUUGCAAUACUUUGUGUUAUGUGUAUAUAUAUAUAAAUACAUCGAUUUUUGAUGUUAUAUAAGUCAUGUAUAGUAUUAUGUUUUUGUGUGCUAUAGUCUCUUAUAACUAAUAUACUGAGUGGAAAUGCAUGCUUUAAGGUAUAUUUAUUAUGUGAUGUAUGUAUAUAUGUCGUAUUGA